AUGCGCCCGAAACAGCUUUCCGCUCUGCUGCCAUCAUCUACAUCUUUCGAUGGACAUGUCAUCUUCGUCAACGUAGAUCGCACACAGUGCGACACGUUGAUCAUCUUUUCCAACAGGAAGAGUACCGCUCUUACGCUGCCAGAGCUUUCUCUGGUCAAGGCAGAGGGACUGCGCACUCAGUGGCAAGCCUAUCUCAGACACCAAAAUGUUCGCGAGCGUGGCCUCUUAGCGUCAGGGCAACAUCGAUCUAGCGGUACUACCCCCUUUCACAACAUCUUGGAUCGUCUCUGGAAAUGGAUUGUGGGCCCUAUACUGGAAGAACUUGAGCUAGACGUUAUCAACACAGACCGUGCCCAACUUCCUCACAUCAUUUGGUGCUCGACUGGACCAUUGACACAGCUGCCACUGCACGAAGCGGGGAUUUAUGACGAUGAUGCCGGGCCUCGCGUGUACAACUUUGUGGUCUCCUCGUAUACGCCGUCACUCUCCGCAUUGACGCGUAGCAUCGAUGCUCUCGGGCAGCAACACACAACGCCUGGGAUCCUCGUGGUGGCGCAGCCCAACACACUGGGGUUAUCAUCACUCCUGGGUACGACGCUCGAAGGAGCUCGGCUGCGCGAGGUCUUUGCCGCCUCUCAGACACCUUCUAUGGCUUUGAAUGGUGAAGAGGCGAUGGUUGGUGCCGUGAAACUUGCUCUCCAGGAGCACUCCUGGCUGCAUCUCGCGUGCCACGGCUGUCAAGAGGUCGACGAUCCCUUGAAGAGUACAUUUGCGCUGCACAAGGGCCGGCUGACGCCAUCGGAUUUAAUGGUGACCACGGCCGAUAACGCCGAGCUCACGUCCCUUUCUGCCUGCCAGACCGCCGUCGGCGACGAGAAGAUACCCGAGGAGUCGAUGCACCUCGCAGCCGGUAUGCUGGCCGUCGGGUACAAAGGUGUCAUUGCGACGAUGUGGUCGAUCAAGGAUGACGACACGCCGCUGAUCGUCGAGGCGUACUACAAGGAGCUUCUCGCGCUGUGCGCAUCGGGAGUGCUCGGCGCAGGAGAGACGGGCGCCGCGUAUGCACUGCACGAGACGGUUCAGGGUUUGAGGAAGAAGAUUGGGGAGAACGUCCUGCGGUGGGCGCCGUUCGUGCACUUCGGAUAUGGGUAG